AUGAUUAGAUUCCCUGAGAACAAUUAUUUCUUUGAAGUAUCCAUUCUCUUUAACCAUUUCCUCAGCUAUGUCUACUAUUAUUCCGACUCCUCCAUCUCGGAUCCUGCUUACACACUUUAUCCUUCGAAUAACCCGGGUACUCUGAUCACUCCGGUUCUUCUCCGUGGUGAUAACUACUCCGAAUGGGCUACUAAGCUUUGGAAUUCUCUACAAGCUAAACAAAAGAUCGGAUUCAUCGAUGGUACUAUUGUGAAACCAGAGACGAAUCCUGAUCUUGCUCGUUGGACUGCUACUAACUCCAUGAUUGUCGGAUGGAUACGUACAUCCAUCGAUCCCACGAUCAGAUCUACUGUUUCUCAUGUUCCUGAUGCACACAAGCUCUGGAACGCUCUUCAACGUCGGUUUUCCGUCAACAACAGUGUCCACAGACAUCUCCUUACUGAUGAUAUCACCAACUGCAGACAGAACGGACAACCAGUUCUAGAGUACUACGGUCGUCUUUCUAAGCUAUGGGAAGAGCUUCAGAACUUCCAAACCUCUCGGUCUUGUUCUUGCGAUGCAUCUGUUGAUCUAGAAAGAGAACGAGAGGAGGCUCGGGUUCACAAAUUUCUUUUUGGACUCGAUGAAGCUCGUUUCAGCUCGAUUCGAUCUCAAAUCAUAGACGAAGACCCACUUCCGGAUUUGAACUCUGUUUACUCUCGUAUUGUACGAGAAGAGCAACAUCUUCUCACGAUGCGCUCCAAGGAUAUCAAAAACGAGGCUGUUGGUUUCUCUGUCAAAUCGGAGUCACCACAUUCAUCUACUCCAUCUGCUGCAGCUGCUUUUCGUAGUCGUGAUCCUGCACGUUCUUGCACCCACUGCAAUCGUAAAGGACAUGAUGUUUCCGAGUGUUUCGCUCUUCAUGGAUACCCUGAGUGGUUUCUCGAACAGCAAGCUGCACAAGGACGAGGCGCUCCUUCCCAGCGUGGUCGUGGAGGCCGCACAACUACUUCGGCAGGUCGUGGCCGAGGCAGAGCUAACACUACCCGUACAGCUCCUCUCCACGGCACCGAUACCUCCAUCACCAACGUUGCUCCUUCACAUGCCUCAGAUCAAAUUGCCGCCUUGAUCAGCCUCCUUCAGAACCAACAAACCCAGUUAUCCAUUGAUCGUCUGUCUGGUAAAACUAAACUCACUGAUGUUAUUAUCGAUACAGGAGCAUCACACCAUAUGACGGGUGAUUUAUCUCUUUUACGAGAUGUACGAGACAUCGUUCCCUCUGCGGUUUUGUUUCCGGAUGGAAACACUUCUCGUGCGAUCAAACUCGGAACCUUGUCUCUCAAUGAUGAUUACUUUCUACGAGAUGUUCUUUACAUACCAGAUUUCAACUGCACCUUGAUUUCUGUUUCUAAGCUCCUGAAACAAACAGGAUGCAUUGCUAUCUUUACUGAUACUCUAUGUGUUGUACAUGAUCGUUUCUCGAGGACCCUGAUUGGAGCAGGUGAAGAGAGAGAGGGGGUCUACUAUUUUACGGGAGUCACGGUCGCGCGGUCCCAUCAUGCUACAAAGGACAAGACAUCUCCUUCUGUGCUUUGGCAUCGCAGACUUGGUCAUCCCUCCUACAAAGUGUUAUCGGCUUUACCCGUGUUCAAUAGUUUUAAGUUUGAUUUCAGUCAUGUGAAUUCGUGUGACAUCUGUUUUCGCGCUAAACAAACGCGUGGUGUUUUUCAAGAUAGUCUUAAUAAUACGAGUGCUCCUUUUGACUUAAUCCAUUGUGAUGUUUGGGGUCCCUAUUGUACGCUUUCUUCUUGUGGUGCUGCAUAUUUUCUAACCAUUGUUGACGACUACUCACGAUCUGUUUGGACUUUCUUGAUGCUUGAGAAAUCAGAAACUAAGGGUCUCAUACAGAACUUUUGCGCCAUGAGUAGUAGACAGUUCGGGAAACCAGUUAAACGAGUACGUAGUGAUAAUGGAACAAAGUUUAUGGUGCUUUCUACCUUCUUUCGUGAACAGGGUAUUGAUCACCAAACUUCGUGUGUCGAUACGCCUCAACAGAACGGUCGUGUGGAAAGGAAACACAGGCACAUUCUCAAUGUUGCUCGUGCUUGUCUUUUCCAAGCUCGUUUACCGGUUACCUUCUGGGGAGAAAGCAUCCUCACUGCCGCUCACAUCAUCAAUCGCACUCCAUCCUCUGUUCUUGACGGUAAAACCCCUUACGAGUUACUACAUGGAACACCACCUAAGUAUGAUUUACUGCGAGUCUUUGGUUGCCUUAGUUAUGCACAUCGACGCGGAAGAGACAAGGAUAAGUUUGGCGAUCGCAGCAGGAAGUGUCUCUUCGUCGGUUACCCCUUUGGCAAGAAAGGCUGGCGUCUCUAUGAUCUUGAAAGGAAUGAAUUUUUUACAAGCCGAGAUGUUAUCUUCCUUGAAGACGAGUUUCCAGGAAUUCCUGAUACUGAGUAUGUUUCUCACCCUGUAUAUCAACCCGAUGUUGGCGUCGACGAUUGGUUACUUCCUUCUUUAUCUACUCCUUCAACGAUGGUGAAUUCAGCUCCUCCUGCGAUUCCCUCAGCUGAAGCUACUCCUAUAAUACCUACUACUACUGAUACAACCGUCACGGCUGAUUCUCUUAUACCAGCCUCUGUUACUUCUUCUCCAAAUUCCCCUGUAACUCCGAUAGAAGCUGAGUCUAAUGCUACUCCUGAACCUUCAUCUCCAGGACUACAUCAACUCCUCGGCAGGGGUCAUCGUCAACGACAGCCAUCAGUUAUUCUUAAGAACUUUGUUACCAAUACCGCGACUCUCCGUGACACACCCUCUCUCGCUUCAUCUACAUCCUCUCUUGGUUCUCCAGAUUCGAUUCCAGGUACACCACUCUACCCUAUCUCUAGUGUUUUAUCUGAUGCGAGUUUCUCUCCUUCUCAUAAAGCAUUCAUCGCGGCUAUCACUGCUGCGGUUGAGCCAACAACAUACAAUGAGGCUAUUAGAGAUAAGAUAUGGCGCGAAUCAAUGAAGGAGGAGGUGUGUGCAUUGGAGAUCAAUAAAACGUGGAUUGUUGUUGCAUUACCACCAGGGAAGAAAGCCAUUGGGAGCAAAUGGGUUUUCAAGAUAAAGCACCACUCGGAUGGCAUGAUUGCUCGUCAUAAAUCUCGUUUGGUGGCGCUUGGAAAUCGACAAAAGGAAGGUCUUGACUAUACAGAUACUUUUGCUCCUGUUGCCAAGCCUUCUACAGUUCGUAUACUACUUAAUAUCGCUGCUGCAAAGAAUUGGGAAGUCCACCAAAUGGACGUUCACAAUGCUUUUCUCCAUGGCGAUUUGGAGGAGGAGGUCUACAUGAAGCUUCCGCCUGGCUUCGAGGGAUCUGAUCCAUCUAAGGUCUGUCUCUUGAAGAAGUCUAUCUACGGCCUUAAACAGGCUCCUCGGUGCUGGUUCGCUAAGCUCAAUUCUGCAUUGAAGACUUAUGGUUUCAAACAGAGCAAGGCGGAUUAUUCUCAUUUCUGUUUUAUCCGCGACAAUAUUGCUCUUCAUAUACUGGUCUAUGUUGAUGAUUUUAUUGUUGCUGGGAAUGAUCUGUCUACUAUAUACAAGUUCAAGGCUUAUCUCAGUGAAUAUUUUCACAUGAAGGACUUGGGGAAACUUAAAUACUUUCUCGGGAUCGAAGUUGCUCGCAAUGCUGAUGGUUUCUUCUUGUCCCAACGCAAAUAUGCUCUGGAUAUACUGGCUGAAUCAGGCUUGCUUGCUUCCAAGCCUGCUUUGACACCUAUGGAGCUUAAUCACAAGCUCUCUCUUGCUACUGGCGAACCUUUGGCCGAUCCACAACGUUACCGUCGUCUCGUUGGUCGUCUCAUCUACCUUACUUUUACGAGACCGGAACUGUGUUACUCUGUCCACAUUCUGUCUCAGUUUAUGCAAACACCACUUCAGGCUCACUGGUCCGCUGCUAUCCGUGUUGUACGAUAUCUUAAGGGCUGUCCAGCUCAAGGCGUUCUUCUCCGUUCAGACUCUGACUUACGGGUUACUGCAUACUGUGACUCUGAUUGGAAUGCGUGUCCACUGACUCGCAAGUCCUUGAGGGCUUACAUUGUUCUUCUUGGUGCUUCUCCGGUUUCUUGGAAAACGAAGAAGCAGAAAACAGUCUCCAUGUCUUCCGCUGAAGCUGAAUAUCGUUCGAUGUCUUUUGCUUUGCGUGAGCUCAAGUGGAUCAAACGUUUGUUGACUGCAUUUGACGUGUCUCAUUCCAUGCCAAUGAAGUUAUUCUGCGACAGCCAAUCUGCCAUCUACAUUGCUGCCAAUCCGGUCUUUCACGAGCGUACCAAGCAUAUCGAGAAUGACUGCCACCUUGUACGUGAUGCUGUGGAAGAAAAACUCAUCACCACGGAACACAUUACCACGGACGAGCAACCCGCCGAUCUGCUUACCAAGUCACUGCCGGCUCCCACAUUCACUUACUUAUUGUCCAAGUUGGGGAUUCAAGAUGUUUCACCGCCAACUUGA